GCUGCUGAAUUAGAACGAAGAAAUCUUCUUAAAAAAAAGUUAUCUGAAUGGGAAUUUAAUCCCCAUCAAUUAAAUGAUGAUGAUUUGUUAGAAUGUGUCUUUAUCAUAUUCGAUCACGUGAUGCAGCUUGAUGAUCUCAAAGACUUAGGCGUGUCACCAGAACAAUUACGUCGACUUCUAAUAGCCAUUCGUCAAUCUUAUUAUGAUACGAAUCCAUACCAUAAUUUUACUCAUGCUGUCGAUGUUUUACAAGCAAUGUUUCAUUUUUUGUGUCAAAUGGAUAUCCUUCCUCCUUUAUUUUCUUCAAAACGACGAAAUAUUAAAGUUAAUCAACAACGCUGUCGUCCUAAUGAUCUGCUGACGGUUACCGACGCGUUUGCCUUAUUAUUGGCUUCAAUAGGCCAUGAUGUGGGCCAUCCAGGGUCAAAUACUCCUUUGGCUCAGGUGUAUAAUGACAAAUCCGUAUUAGAAAGCUUUCAUACCAUGACAUUAUUUAACAUGAUGCAAAAACAUGGCUUUAAAAUAUACGAGAAUAAUAACGGCUCAAUAUAUAAUCCAAAAUAUAAUGUGAAUUCAAUACUUGCUACAGACAUGAGCUUACAUAAUGAUUACGUUACUAAAAUAAAGGAGGAAAUAAAAAGAUUCGAAUCUUUGGAUACUAAAUUUGAUACUCAACCUAUGGCUAGACCUUAUCAUAUAGCUGCUAAUUGGUCGAAUGUUUUAAUUGAAGAAUUCCGAUGUCAAGGUGAUUUGGAAAGAAAGCUUGGUCUUCCUAUUCUUCCACUAAAUGAUAGAAAUGGAAAGACCACUCAGUCCGAAUCUCAGAUAGGAUUUAUCGAUUAUUGUGCGAUGCCAUUGUUUAAUCGUAAAACUUCUCCAAUUUCUGCAGUUCAACCGGCUAGGACCACAAAUCAUCAAUUUCAUCAAUUACCUGGAAAUGCUUCUUAUUUACUUCAAAUGCCAAAUUUACCUGAUGGAUCUGAAGUAGAUAUUCUUAGUACAACAGGUGCUUCUGAUUCUCCAUUAAAUUCUCGUCAUGAUACUCAAAGAAAUACGAAUUGGCAAAGGUUUUCCCGAAAUAAUCAAUCACUUUCAAAUACAGUUUACGCUUCUACAUAUACCUCUACAGACAAUAUAUCAAAUCAGAACGAUUUGAGUAAUAACCGUCCUUCGAUAUCUACGAUAUGCUGUUGUAUUCAAUAG